AUGCGAAUACGCAAUUUUUCCUGCCCUUCCGUCGCCGGACACGGCCAAUGGCCGUUGAAUGGGUCAGGAACGCGGCGCGUCAGAGGAUUGCAAACACAAGCCUCCCCGGACGAGCUAUUCAAUUAUACUUCUGGGAGAUGGAUCUUCAACGAACAUCUACGGCUGGCGGAGCGUCACCUGAAAUUCGACGCGCACGCACUUCACCGGGUUAUGGCAACCGCGUCGAAUCGCUCCGCCACGGACAUUGUUUCGUUCUCGAAGAUGGCAGAAGGCGGAUUUAAUCGGUUGUUUGAGGCAACGUUCAACGAUGGGCAUCGUGUUAUUGCCAGACUGCCUUAUCCAGCGACUGUACCUGAGCACUACACAGUUGCUAGCGAGGUUGCCACUCUGGAUUAUCUCCGACUGCAUGGAAUCACUACCCCGAAGGUCUAUGCUUGGAGCUCAACCAAAGCGAACCCUGUUGGCGCCGAGUACAUAGUCAUGGAGAAACUGGCCGGUAUACCUCUAGGCGAGACCUGGUACACGAUGACGCCGAAAGAGCAGCACGGAAUUAUGAAGCAAAUCGUGGAAUGGGAAACGCGGUUGAUGUCUCUGAAACUUCCUGCGUCUGGAAGCUUGUACUACCAGAAAGACAUCCCAUCGGAGCGGAGCGUUGCGCUACGGGACCCUGGCGACGGUUUCUGUAUAGGGCCAAUCGCUCAUUACGGUUGGUGGCACGAGGAAAGGGCAGUGAUGGAGAUUGAUAGGGGACCAUGGACAACUUCGAAUGCAAUAUUUCGUGCGAUUGGGGAAAGGGAGCUGAAGUGGACCGAAGCCUACGCGAAGCCUCGAUUGCCCUAUGAGCGUCUUUACAGGGAGAUUUACAACUUAAGAAAAAUACCUCCGGACAGGCACAUUGAGAAUCUCAGAAACUACCUAAACCUAUCAACCUGCUUAGGCUUCAAAGCAGCAAGCCCACUUGAUCGACCAGUCAUUCGACAUCCCGAUUUCCAACCUAAUAACAUCCUGGUUUCUGAGACGAAUGAGAUUGUCGGUUUGCUUGAUUGGCAGCAUUCUACAAUUCUACCCCUCGGACUUGCCGCGGGGAUGCCAAGACAUUUCCAGAACUACGGGGAUCCAGAAUCGGAAAGUCUUAGACAGCCUCAGACCAAGGUGCCCCCGGAAUUCAAUUCUUUGAGCCAGUCCGAGCAGGCAUCCAUACGGGAAACUAUGCGAAGACGCAUUGUCCAUUUUUUAUAUGCCGCGCUCACGCUGCGAUCGAACAAAGAGCAUUACGAUGCAAUAUUUGAUCAGUCUGUUAUACUGCAUCAGCGUCUUUUCAAGAGUGCGGGAACCCCAUGGGAAGGGAAUUCAAUCACCCUGCAAGCAGAUAUGAUUCGCACAGUGCAGAACUGGCCGAUAUUGACCGGUGGUCACUCAAUCGCGGGUGCUGGGGCGUGCAUGUUGCGUCCUUUCGAAUACGCCGAUGCCGUCAUCCAAGAGACUCUCGAGCUAGACGCGCGCCAGAAGGAAGCCGACACCGCGAUGGAACAGAUGCGAGACGUAGUUGGCGUGGACGAGCUAGGAUGGGUGUCUAAUGACAAAUACGGAGCUGCGAAGGAAACUGCUUGCGAAAUCAAGACCAAGAUGCUUCAAGCGUCCGAUACACCGGCCGACCUCACUGCAAGUAGGGACCAUUUCCCGUUCGAUGACUUUGAUGAGGAUUCUUGA